GAUAGAAUCCACACAUCCCGUGGCCCAGCCACUGAAGUGUUUGCUGCGGCAAAGGCACCAUGGUAUACACCCUGCCCCUCGUGAAGGAUCACAUUGUCUCCCGUCAAGAGGGAGUGCCACAGUACUCUGUUGUGUGUUCCCAGCAGCAACCAAAGACCAUUGUGGCUCCAAGGCGCUCUUGGACCUCCGUGGGACCCGGUAGAAUCAGCUUGAGGUUUUAAUGAUGCUGCUGACUCGCCUUGGAACCGAGAAUAUAUUGCUAUCGAGGUGCAGAUUAUAGUGAACAAGAUGGCACAAGCUCGAGGAAGCAGACGUCCUUGGGACCGAGCUGGUGAUGCAGGGCCGUGUGAAAAGUCACGAUGCCAGAAAUGUGCCAGCUUAAACUAUAGAACGGGUCUGUAGCCCCUCAAAGGGUCACUGCCUCGAGGAAUGCAAAGGUGAUCCACCCACUAGGACUGUUGAUCUGCACAUGCAGGCAUGCAAAUCAUCGAUCUGUCUUCUAAACUGCUCUGCUGGGUGAAUGUUAUGCAAUCAGUCCAUGAGAGGGGCAUCAUACGCCAACCGAGCUCCGUAUAUUGAAACCUGAUUUCGGAUGGCUUCGCAUAUAGUUGCAACACAUGCGGACGGUAUUGCCUAACAGCUUGUCAAGCUGUGAUCAUAAGUUCCU